GUAAAAAUGGCUUCCUUGUCUUUGGACUCUACAGAACAAUCAGAGAACAGCUCAGAAGAGCCCAGGACAACAGAGGUCAAAGAAGAAAAAGAUGCACUCCACGUUUCGGAACAGUUACUCCAAAGUUUCCAAAAGUCGGCUCUGAGUUUUUCCACUGACCAAGUAUCAUGUCUGUGCGAGGCCCUUCUGCAGGCGGGCAAUGUGGAUCGCCUGUGGAGGUUUCUAUCCACCAUACCUCCUUCGUCCGAGCUGCUACGUGGCAACGAGACCCUGCUGAAGGCCCAGGCUCUGGUGGCUUUCCACCGGGAGGAAUUCAAGGAGCUGUACGCCAUCCUGGAGAGCCACGACUUCCACCCGUCUAACCAUGGGUUCCUGCAGGACCUGUACCUGAAAGCCCGCUACAAGGAGGCGGAGAGGUCCCGGGGCCGCAGCCUGGGAGCCGUGGACAAGUACCGGCUCCGAAAGAAGUUCCCUUUACCCAAAACCAUCUGGGAUGGAGAGGAGACCGUGUACCUCCUCAAGGAGAAGUCCAGAAACGCCCUGAAGGAGUGUUACAAAAGCAACAGGUACCCCACUCCGGACGAGAAGAAGAACCUGGCCAAAGUGACCGGACUGUCUCUGAAACAGGUCAGCAACUGGUUCAAGAACCGCAGGCAGAGGGACAGGACCCCGUCCGGGACGCACAGCAAAAGUGAGUCUGAUGGGAACCACAGCACAGAGGAUGAGGCCAGCGUCAUGGACGACACCCCUGAGAAACCAGAGGAGACAUCCAUUAUCUCUUUCUCUGCAGUCCCCUGUACCACAGGAGGCCAGCUCAUCCUCAACGGGUCCAGUGGCUUCCUCACAGCCUCUCAACCGUUACUACUCAAUGGAAACUCCCUGAUCUCUGGUGCUGGCGCAGGGGUCAUAAUCAAUGGAUUAAACUUGGGUGAUUGUCAGACAGUCACCCUGAGUCCUGUUGCAGCUGGUGGCUCUUCUUUGAUACUGAACGGUGCUCAGGUAAUAACCAAGCCACCGCAUCAGGUAGUUUCUGCACCAGAACAGGAGUCCUCAGCUCUAGAAUGCAAGCCAAGCGCUCUUUCAGCAGUCGUUCUUAGCACAAAUGCCACCGCCUCCUCAAACCAGCCAUCUCUCAUCUCUGUUCCUCUGCGAACCAAGACGGAGAGUGACAACACUCUUGAUUUCAUCAGCGUCUCUGACGAAAUGGAAGCAAAAUCAAAUGGCAGCAACCAGAUAGCUUCAUCUACAUCGUCUUUAUCCCCGUCUUCACCAACUCUGUCCUCCCCAACCAGCCUCCCAUCACUAGUGCUAACACAAACCACCCAUCACCAGCAGUCUCUCACCCACCCAGCCUCGAUGUCAUCUGCUGGCAUGGUUAUCUCCACCUCACUCUCCAGUCAGCAAGGGGAGUACGUCGUCUUUGCCACCUCUAGUUCCCACUUAAGUCCGUCUAGCUCUGUAGUUUCCUCCAGCCCCUCCACCCCUCAGGUCUUCUCUCUUCCCCAGGUUGUGCCUUCAAUUCAGGGUAUACCAGUGUCUCAGCUGGUCCAGCACUCUUCAGGAGCCCAGAUGUCCCAGUGUCCCCAGUUGGUCCCAGUGUCUCCCCUUGCAUCUCCACCUCCUCAGUUCCAAAGCACAAUAAACACAGGCAACAGACUGGUGCAACAGCAACAGGAAGCGUCGACACUACCUGAAGGUGCCACUACCAUAGUGUCUCUCUCGCAGCUCCCUAACAAUCAGCUCUCACAGCGAAUGCCAAACCAACUCACGGACCAAACCACAAACUCUACCGCAAGCAAAAUGCAAAUCCCACAAGUUAUUUCCAUUUCUUCCCCAACACAAGUGGUCCCAGGACCCCAGGCUAAAGUCACACCAGCUUCUGCACAGUUAGUCCCCCUGUCCAUGCCUCAGCUGGUCCCAGUGUCCUCCAUUCAAACAUCUUCCAAUAUCUCUUUCCCCCAAGUGGUACCUGCCAGCCCAUCACUCUCUAUCCCUUCUGCUGGAAUGCCGUUGCAGAUUCUGACUUCACCUCCUGCAGCUGGAGGGGUUGCACAGAGUCCUCUUCGGAUAAACCAGAUCAGGCCUAUUCAGAGUGUGGGUACUCCACCCAGCGUGGCACCUGGUGUGCAGCUCUUAAACUCUGGGAUCAUUCAACUCCCCUCUGCCACUCCAGGUAACCUCCUCCUCAGUGGAAGCCCCUACCUGAGUGUCCAGCAAGGGAAGCUCAUUUUGACUAUCCCAGCAGGUAUUCAGCUGACCAGUUUGCCCCUGAAACCAGUAUCGGAAGCAUCACCAGUCUCUGUGAAUGGAGUGAGUCCCAUUCUGACCUCCUCCACCCCCCAUGUAGCCUCGCAGCCUGUAACUACCCCAGCCCCACCUACCAGCGCGCUUACAUCAUCUCCUCUCAACUUCAUCAGCUCCUCUCCGCUCUACUGCGCUUCAGAGACUGGGAUUGCAACCAGCCAGACAUCCGCUGUCCCCUCUGCUCAUAUUCUGGACCACUCAGUCACCCCCACCCCCCCGAACACUCUCACCCCAGAGAGCAUGCUCACCCUCAGUCCGAUGUACAGCGGCAUGACACCCAACACACAGGUGUCCCAGCCGGCAUGGAGCCCUGUGUCCCUGUCCACUUCAGCAGGUCUGACACUGUUUGACAUCCGUGGGAAGGGGGAUCUGCCCGUAGACCCGGCACUGCUAGGCCUGCCCGGAGGAGAGUCUCUGAUCCUGGGGAGUCCCUCUCCGGAGCAGGACGUGGAGACCAGUUCUCCACUAGGAAGUCCAGAGGAGAUGGACGGGGACUCCAAGAUUCUGACCCAGCUACAGUCUGUCCCUGUGGAUGACGAUCUGGGCUUGUAGACGUUUUAAUAACUCUAUAAACAAAACCAAGGGAAUAUACAUCCAGUUACAGACUAUGUUUGUUUUUUGAGUUAUUACAAUAAUUUUAUUACCCAGUGUCAGUCCUUUAACACCAGUCUGUUAUGAACUGUAUGAAUAUGUAAAGGAUGUUCUGACAUGUGCAGCAGAAACACUCGUUCAGUGAAACCCACUACCAUCUUGGACCAAGUCCCUAUCACCAGUAAUGUAGAUAUUUAUUUGAGCCUCUCAUCCUCAAACAACAUUUUAGAGCUUUCCUUCCAAAGAGCAGUGAUGUUGACAUGACAAACGCAGAGUCUAAGAAAAAAUUAUCAGAUUUCCUUACAAAUUUAUUACAAAUUUGGAACUUUUUUUUUUUUUUUUUUUCAGAAAAUCUCCUAAAGAGAAUAUGGAUUUGUGUGCCUUUCCAUCCACUAUUGUAAUAUGAAUUUUAAAAGUCAGAGCUUCAUCAUUAUGGUUUAAAACGGUUUGUUAGAUUUAGUAUUUCAUAUGAUAACAUACUACCUGAGCUGUGGAUUGGAGAACUGACAGAUGUGAUAGGUGUUUAGACAGAUUUUAUUGAUAUGUUAACUUUUCCAACUCUUUAGGUAUGACAUUUUUGCGCUGUUUCACGUUUUACUUUAGAUAUUGGGCAUUUGUGUUUUUUGGUGUUUUUUAAUGCGCAAAUUGAAAACACAAACAGGAAGAGCUGAAUAGAAACACACCUAAUGACAUCACAUCCCAAUUUGCACAUGCCUGUUGUUGCUUUGUGUGAUGAACAUGUGCCUUAUGCAAAAACAACAAUAGCUGCUGUUUCUUUACGUUACAUCAGCCCUGAGGUUCACAACUUGCCUUGACACGGCUGUUGAAUAUCAUCAGCAGGCAAAAACUUCUGGUGUGCACAAUAGUACUUGAUUCACAUGUUUAAAGUUUGCCACAAACAGCGGUUUGUUUCAGCAUUAGUUGUUUCUGGGUUUUUGUGUGUACAGUAUUUUGAUAUUUGAUGGGAUUCGACGUUUUGUAAAUUGAAGGUCACACAAAAAUAUCUCUUCUGGAAUUAGUGUGGUUCAGGCCUUAGCUGGCACUUUUGAGCUCAAUCUUGAUGGCUCUAUUCCAGCUGAUUGGGUUACUAGUAUAUAGGAUGUUUGUCUGCUUGUUCAGUACGUCACCUGCCAUGGGGAAUAUAAAGUACAAGUCAAUUCAUGGAGCAAAGUCUGUAUGUGCAUAUAGGAGUCUUCAUAAACUGUGUCUAACCUGUUUUAUCAGAUCCAGACAGAUGACCGACCUCGGAUUAGUACUCUUGGCCUCGUUACAGGUCUUUGAAUAUGUAAUAUCACACACAGUGCUGCACCUUUGCCUGGUUUGUCAGUUGUUUUUUGCAGUUUUGUGGACUGCUCACAAAGUUCAUCUAUCCGUGGUUUUUGUUGGCCAUAGCAGUAGCUUGUUAUGGAGCCACCACAAUAACUACUCCCCAGACUAUUUGGCAGAGGCUAAAUCUAGAAAUAGCAGGAUAUCGUGUGCCUGUGGAGAAUUCAGUUAAUCACAUGUCUGCAUUUCUUCUGCUUUUUCAUUAUUGACACAGCAGUCCAGGAGUACAGCGUCAAAUUCAUUCUUCACUAACAGAGCUGACUAUUAGCAUUAUGUGAAGCUGUUACAGUUCACAUUUUCAGCCAUGAAUUACAACAGUAUUUCGUCAUUAUAAGUUACUGAAGUUGAGGUUUACAACUACUGUAAUUAACAGUUUUUGAUAGGAAUAGUUCUCUGCAUUAUUAGACAUUUAACAGAAAAGGGUUUAUUUUCUAUGCAAAUUGUGUUGGGUUCUCUGCAGGGCCCUUUGUGGCUCAUCGACGUAAAAGUCAGUUCACUUGGGAGAUGAAAAAAAAAACUUAAAAUGCUGAGCUGUUGAAUGAAGCAUGAGAGUGCAUGACACUAAAACGUUUGCUGUGAUCUCACUAUGAUAUGAUAUUUUGUUGAUACUGAUAAGUGCCUUACAUUAAAGCUUAGCGUUUUGAUAUUUUUGAGAAACAUUUUGUACAAGUUUAGGAUUUCUGUAUACACCCAACCAAAUGUUUGGAUUUACCUAAUAUAGACAACUUCUAUUUCUGUAUUAGUUGGAGGUCCAGUGAGGUGUAAUGUGAUAGUUUCUCCUGUGUUUGUAUAUUUUGCACAUUUCAUUCACUCAAUGUUUACGCUGCGCCGCUACAUUGUUAUGACAGAGACUAGGUUCAUACUCAGUUUUAUGGUUUAUAAUUGUCAUGUGUUUAUGACAAACGCACCAAUAGAUCCUUUACUUUAAACCUAAAGUCAGUGUAUGAGCUUUACACUGUCCAAACAUGUGGUGGUCAAACCUUUGGCCCAUUAUGGUACACAAAACUACACUUCAGUGUCACAUCCAGUUACAAUAAUGGCCUUUGUGUUGUUUUUUGUUUUUACUAUGAUUGUUGUUUGUCUUUUUUCUACUUUUUAAUAUUUAAAGCAUGUAUCAAUCAGUUUCUAGUUUCAACUGAAAGUUCUUGUGAGGGAGGGUCCUUGUGAAAUACGCUGAUAGGAAGUCAUAUUUUAAUUAAAACUGUCAGGUUUUAAUCUCAGACUAUAGAUAUUAAAAGUCAUUUUGAUGGAAACUAGGUUAACGCUACAUUCUGAAAUGCGUCGCCUCCUUGUUUAAGUCCACAUGGCCUUUGGUAGAUCAUUAAAUGACCUAAAAAUGGGUUUUGUUGAAUUUGACUGAUAAUUUUAGGAGUAAAGGGAAAUAUGUCCUUGAAAAUGUAAAAAUACGGUGGCCUUUGUUUCUGUACAUGGGCCAUAUCUUACCAAAGUAUGUAAACAUUGAUGUGUGCUUUUGCACAUUUUAUGCACAUUUUUCUUCUUGUUUGUUUGUAGGCCAGGAUUUUUCUACUCUCCUACUCUAUACAUACCAUAUAUGACUCCAGAUUUAACCAAAGAUGUUGUAAUUCCAUUGACCUUUGUGAUAGAUUGAAAGGGAUUUUUUUUGUUGUUCAAGGUUAUUGUUUUACUUUUUUUGUAUUCAAAUGCAUUAUAUUUUUUAUAUUACAUGACAUUGUAAUAAACUACAAUU